CUCUAGGAUUCCCUUUACAUGCAUGUUCACAAAGUACUUAGGUUUUGGCGAGGGUGCCCUGCAGUAAAGGAUUUCUGACGGGCUGACACCCGGUGAGCCCGAGCACACUGGGGUGAGGAAGACAGGGCACCAUACCCAGCUCCUGCUCCUUCUCCAGCACGGCGAAGGCGAGUGAGGGAUGCCGCCUGACGAGCUCCCGGGCAGAGGCCAGCCCCACGAUUCCCGCGCCCACCACCACCACGUCGAAAGUGCUGACAGACAGACAGACAGGACCGUGAGCUCACCCGCAGCGUGCCUGUCUGCCCGCCCGAGAGACAGCGCGCCUCCCGCCCCGACUCUGAGGGGAAGGCGACCGCCCCGUCCCGGCGCUCCCAUGGCCGCCCGCCCGCCGUGAGGGAAGCGCUGAGGGGGCGCGGGCAGGGGAGGCGGCGGGGCUCGGGCAAAGCCGCCUCCCGCGCCCGCCCCGCGGCCUCACCUGCGCUGGCGGCGCUGGGCUCGCCACAGCGCCUCAGCCCCGCCGCUGCCCGCCCGCUGCCGCAGCAGCGCCGCCGCCGCCAUCUUGGGGGCGGUGAUACACAGCGGGCCGGGCUCCUCCUCCGCGCCCGCUCCGCGGCGGCGGUGAGGGGCCUCUGGUGGCAGACCAUGAUGCUGUGGGGAAAGCUUGCGCAGCCAGUGUGCAGCCUCGGCAAGGUGCCGCCGCCGGGCGCCUGCAGAGGCUUCUGGGGAUGGCUGAAUGCCGUGUUCAACAAGGUGGACUACGAACGUAUCCAAGCUGUUGGCCCUGACAGGGCAGCCUCGGAGUGGCUGUUGCGAUGCGGUGCACUGGUGCGCUAUCAAGGCUAUCAGAAAUGGCAGCAGGACUACAGUGGUCUGCCAACAGGGCCCUUGGGGAAAUACAAGAUAGAAGCAAUUAAUGCCACCGACUCUUGCAUCAUGUACAGAGGAUUUGACUAUUUGGAUGGUCUCGAACAUGUUACAGAAAUCAAGCUGCAAAAGUGUAUUUACAUACAAGAUGAGUGUCUGCAGAGGCUCAGUGAGACGAAGAAUCUGCAGAAGAGUCUCCUCCAGCUGAAGAUAAUUUCCUGUGGGAAUGUCACAGAUAAAGGCAUCAUUGCGCUUCACAAGCUGAUGAACCUUGAAUAUUUGUAUCUGAGUGACCUUCCUGGAAUAAGAGAGAAAGAAACUACUGCUCACAUCCUUCAGCAGGCACUGCCAAACCUCAAGCUGGAGCUGGAUUUAGAAUAAACACAAUUACCCAUAACGGAGAUGUAUUUGAUUUCAUAGUAUUUAUCGUAUGUUGCACAAACUAAGUUGUAGACACUACUGUAUUUCCAGGUAUGGAAGUAAGCCCAGAUCUCCCAAUGCAGCCUCAAAAGCUGUACACAAUCUUUUGUCAAAUUAUGCAAUCAAGUUUUAUUAAGCUUAAAAACAUAUAAACUUAAGCUAUGUAAACUAUAUAAGCUUAAACUAUUCACCAGUCAACAAGAGAGCAGGCAGACUUGCGUGUGUAGUCAUUUUUAUUCCUGUUUUUAUAGGAAGCUGUUACUACCUCAGUAGUUUUCAAAUAUUUUAUUGCACAGAAGUUCUUGUGCAAAACAACAGUGGGCACAAGGUCAGUGCAGUGAAGCAGCAGCGCUGGGCACUUCCAUUGCAUGGCAUUGGUGCUGGGGAAUGAGAGCUCUUCACUCUGAGAAUCUCCCUUGGUUUUAAUAAAAUAGCUUAUGGGCC